AAAUUAUGGUGACUGUCCAAUGUGUUAUUAAAACUAUAAGAGACGAGAUUUAAAGGUUUUAAACUUUAUGGCAAAGUGAGAAUGCGCCAAAUGCGCAAGCGGAAUUCGUAGUUACCAUGGAGAUGGCGACAGCGUACUUUUGUUUGCCCCGCUAACUUUGUUCUUUUUACUCAAGCUGAAGUCGUAGUGGCUGCAGUUAUAUGAAUUUCACAACACAUCUGGGCGGAACAGAUAUGCUGAAAAAGAGUGAAGAUAUGAAGCAAUUUCUCAAAAAUGUUGAUGAGAUAAGCGAUCUGAUGAAGGAGCUGAGCUCCUCCGAUGUGGAGAGGCAGGAGAAAGCGGUGCAAAAGGCAGACCGCCUCAUGUCCAACUGGGAGGACAGCGAUCCAUGCAGGACACGGCUUAACCGCACCGUCAUCAACAGCAGUUCCUCUCCGAAUUCGACCGCGGCAGAGGUCACUCAAAAACACCCAUCAAAAUAUACUGAUUUAACUUCAGAGAGUUUUAUGAAGGUGUUAGAAAUGGAUUCAGAGGACAGGAAACAAAGGAGGAAGGAGAAUGAAAAGAUAGCAAACGCCUUGAAGGUGAAGGGGAACGAGGCCUUUGCCCAGGGAGACUAUGAGGCCGCUAUACAGCAGUACACUGCUGGGCUCAAUGCCCUUCGAGACAUGGAGGUCCUGUAUACCAACAGGGCACAGGCCUUUAUGAAAAUGAAGAAGUACAAAGAGGUCAUUAAUGACUCUGAGUGGGCACUCAAGUGCAAUGAGAAGAGCAUAAAGGCCUUUGUGCUCAUGGCAGGAGCACACACAGCGCUGCAGGAAUACACAGAGGCGCGGCUUUGCUAUCAACGUGUCCUGGACAUGGAACCUGGCAGGGCCGCCAUGAUAAAAGAGUAUUUGACUCGCGUGGACCUGCAGGAGAAAACAGACGGCCAGGAGAGGGAGGCCCGAGUGGAGAUGGGCCUGGGGACGGAAAGGGCCUCUGCGGUGAGAGAGCUGCUGAAAAAGCUGGAGAAGCCAGACAAGCCUGCCCUGUACUACUGUGGAGGACUGGAGGUUCUGACAGAGGCUGUGGUUGACAGCACUGGGCAGACACUGUUCCGGCUUUACAAUGGCUUCAGUGUUGUCGACGGCAACGGCACUGUGAGGAGCUGUCUCUCUCAGGAUGCAGAGGGGGCUUUCACUGCUCGGCUACGCGCUUCCGUGCUGAGGCUGUGGGGGAGGGUCUGCCGGGACAAUGAAGAAAACCAACAAGUGUUAAUAGAGCGUCCAAGCAGCGGGAGGUACUUUGUGGACCUGUUAGCAUCAGGAAAUGCUACAGUUCAGACAGAGUGCCUGGCUCUGCUUCAGCUGUACAUUCAGACUCGGCAUGGGAGGCAUUUGUCCAUCGCACACCUCAAUCUGCACAAGUUGGUGGAGAGCUUGUGGGCAUGCCUGUCAGCCCCCUCCAGCUUGGAAGACAAGGCUCUCGGGGUGCUGCAGGGCCUAGCAGUGGAGCGCAGAUUUCAAAUUCAGAUGAGAGAGAAUUUUACAAAAUUAUUUGUGCCAACUUUAGUUUACCAACUGAGAAAUAUUAAUACAACCAGCCAGAACAGCCUUGCUCGCGUCAUAUCGAUUGUUGGAAGUAUGGCAGCUGAUGAUGUCAUUUGUAAGGAGACUGCUGGUCGCCAGGAAUGCUGGGAUGCCUUUGCUGUUGCCAUGGAGCAAGCCGGUGGUGCUGAACACAGAGAAACUCUCUGUACACUGUCACUUCUGAUAAUGAAGCUCUCUGCCAGUGCAUCCUCAGUCAUGCAGGAGUUUGCCGUCCGUGCAGGACGUGUGUGCAUGCGUCUGUUGAAUGAUCCUGAAGGCAGUAUUAUCACGAGGGCUGUAGGCCUCCUGAGUGUGCUCCUUCCAUGCUCCCCCGUCGCCAUCCAGGAAGCCACAGAGGCGGGACUCGUAAAGAAGAUGCUGAAGAUACUGAAGGCGCCCAACGUGGGUCUGACCAGCACUCGGUGCUCCAUGAAAACCCUGGCAGUGUGCACUGGAGCGAACCUGCAGGCCCGUGUGGAGCUGCUGAACCUGGACAAGAGGCUGAACGUCCUGAGGAAGCUGCUGUGUAACAGUGACGAAGUGGUGGCGGGAAACGCCGCUCUGUGCCUGGGGCACUGCGUGGAGGAGCGAGGGGCGGCCAGCGCCCUGCUGGACUCCAACGUGCUGCCACAGCUGCUCCGCUUGGCUGGGGGGGAUGCGGGGGGCGAGGGAGUGCAGCGGAAUGCCGCUGUGGCCCUGGGCAAGCUGUGCAUCUCUGAACCCAGGCACACUGUCAAGCUGAGGGAGCUUCAAGGUUUAGAAAUACUUCAUUCCUGCAUGAAGCUGGUAGCCUGAGACCUCACUCACUCGUCGUUUGCGCUGUUUGAUGUCGCAGUUCCCGGUGCCUCAGAGAACCGGCCCCCAGGGACGAUGCAGUCAGUUCUUGCUGCGUGGGUGACCCCUGCUUCAUAACGAUCCAUCUAUCCCCAUUUUUACCCUCAUUUUUAUUGUGGCUGCUCUUUUUCCUGGUGUUUGAUUACAAAAUUAUAACCAAAGGGCCGUCUCUUUAACAUUAAAAUGUUAGCGUGGAUUCUUUCAGAAAAAUGUAAAAAAAAAACUUGUAUGCCUAUGUCAUACAUAUAUAUACUUAAACAUUAUGGGCAUUUUUGUUCUCCCAGAGUGUGAGUGCAGUCAUUGGACCUGGUGGCAUGAUGAUCCCUAUAUACAGUAAAUCACACAGUGGGUUCAAUAUCAAUGACAUGCCGACUCCUAUAUGAACCACAUGAUAGACCCAGUAUGAAUCAUAUGACAAGCUCUAUUUAUGUGGUACAUACAUCAUUCUUGGAGGUUGGAGGCUGGAGGCUUUAACUACCUCCAACAAAAAAUAUAAUUUCCUUGUACGCUUACUACCACAGCCGUUCGCGAAAGGUUUCUCACAAGAAAAUUAGUUUUUUUUUUUUGAAAAAUGAGCAACUUUGUAAUCACAUAACCAUGAAAGAGAGAGAGAGCCAGUGCACACAAAUGAAACCGUUGAAAAGCAGCCCAGGAUGCAGAACAGAAGCAUGGACGAUUGGCUUUUUGUUCUGUGUGACGCACGUUGCUCAGAUGGGGAAAUCUAACUCCACCAUAAAUGAGACAGAGAGCUGAAAAAGCGCGAGGUGGGGCUGGGGAACCGCAAAAUUCUGCGGGUAACGAGGUUCGCAUGCACCAUCUCAGGGUGAAAUCGGACAUUUCUUGAAGUUGAAUCAAUUCCUAAAAAUGAGAAUAAACACCUUCCAUUUAAUGUUGCUUGUUUCUGGACAAAUAGGUAAGUUUUUUUUUUACUUUUUCAUUAUAAAAUAAUAUUUAGUGCUGUAUGUAUUAUAACAAGGCAGCUUAAAACUGUUUAUUGUGGUGUUUUUAAUUCAUUGUCAUUUAUGCAAUUCUUUUUUGAAUGUAGAAGAUUAAAAAUUCUUUAUUAAAUCAUUUGUGACAACA